CGUUUUAUAAUAAUUUGCUUCUCUAGAUUUUACUAUUAAAAUCUUGAAUUUUAUAUUCAACAUUUGUUACAUAAUACGACACUCGAUAAUCACUCUUGGUUGAACAUAAAUUUGUUAAGUAGAAUGUAAUAUUACCUGCGUAAAGAAUUUAUUUUUCUAUAAAUGUGUUUUUAAGAAUAGUUUUUCUAAAGGAUUUCACGAAUAAAUACGUUGCUUUCAUUCUAAUGCUAACGUUUCUAUACUGUUUGAGCGUUUAACCUAGAAACGAAUGAGGACCAUAAUUAAAACUGGGUUUAACUAUAGAUGAAUGGCUACCCUAUAGAAUAUUUCCCAUUAAAAUUUCAAGAACAGAAAUUCUUUGAAUAUAUGGAAUAUCAAUUUUAGCAACCCUCAAUUUUUUGAAAAAGACUCCCAAUUGCGAAAACACAGUCAUGAAAGAUGAUAUUCUGACGGCAGCAAGGUCCAAAGCCUUGAAUGGAUUACGAUUUGUAUUAGUUUUGGAUGUAUUGUCUUUUUUUUUGGGAUCUAUAGGAACCAGUAAAUUGAAAGUUCUUCAACUUGCAUAUCCUAGUUCAUGGUCUUUAUCCCCGAAGCUUUGGACGCCAAUAAGGAUUGCUAUUCUAAUUUUCGACUGUUUGUUCACAGCCGGAAUCGCCAAUGAAUAUGAUGAUGUUUUGAAAGCAGUUUUCCUUCUGAGCAGUAGACUGUGCCUUUCAAGCUUUUUUGAGGCAGCCGGUACAUUGUUUAUGAAAUUUCAAGGAUCAUGGAUCUGUGCUCUGUUUUUCAUUUUGUCUUUUUUAAAUUCAUUUUCGAUGAUCCGUUCCUUGCACAAUAUGAGAAAUAGUUGGGAUCUUCAAGUAAUUGUUGGUCUCCCUACGAAAAUCCACUUUGUUUAUAGCCUUUUUCAAGCAAUCCAUUACCUUGAAUUUUCUUCUUCUUUCUUGGUAGAACUACCUUUUACUUUUCACAUCUUCUCGUGUUUCGUUCUUUUCGUAUUCUUGGGCCAACUCAUAGGUAGGAAUCGUGAUUUUUUCUUGGGAUUCUGCUCCGCUGCUUUUGUCUUUUUAUGCAAUUCAAAUUCUUUUAUAUUUAAACGGCCUUUACUAUUUUACGCCAAUAUUAUUCUAGGUUUAUUACUUCUAUUCGAGAGCAUUAUGUACACAAUGAUUGAAAAAGAUAAAUUACGAGGAGUUUCAGAGUCAGAAUAUUUAUAUGAUAGUGACUCUGAAUAAAUGGCGGGUUUCAUAACAUGAAUAAAUCUCCACCUACAGAUGAAGCAUAUCGUCACGAAUAAAAAACUGUUGUCUGGCAAGCAAUUUUACCGCUUUCAUCCACCCUUGAAUAGAAACUGAUUCUUGAACCAAUGCGGAAUUUAAUGCUUGUAUGCUAUUGUUCAAAACUGCAUCAUUGGAGGUUAGUUUGUACCUUUUCCUAUCAAUUAUUGAAGGUAUCGUAUAAAGCUCCUCAAUCGGUAGGCUUUCAGCGGCUGUAGCUCUAUGUAAAUCUUCACGGAGCUUUCUCCUAGUUAUUCCCAGUAAAAAUCUUUUCUUGUCGAUUUCUUUUGCUAAUUCUUGAAGUGAAUUCUUUUCGUUAUCCAACAAUUCUUUUUUUAACCGAAGACUUUGAAACGUCUUGAUCUGCUGCAAAAGUUUUGAGUCGACCCGUUCUUUCCAACGAUUUUUUAUUUCAUCCAAACGUUGGCGCUCUAUUCUUCGUCUUUCACUUUCACCAUCUUUGUAGUUUGCUGAAAAAUUAAUAUCUUCGUCUAAUAAAUUCAUUGUAGAAUUGUUGGACGGAAUAGUAUUUCCGGUUGUUUGUGGGAAUGACUCGCUUAUAUACGAUUUGGAUGGAAUUGGAGUACCUGUUUGCUUUGGAGGUAAUGCAGGUGGUUUCUGUAUGUUUCUCAUCCCCAUAGAUAAUGGCGAAGAUGGCUUUUCUGUUGGAAUAUCCGUCUGAGAUGCAUCUACGAAGGAACUUGCAUAAGGAGUUGGAUGUGGUGGCACACUAGGAGCGGAAUGGAUAUCCUUCUUUUCUUGGAUUGAUAGUUUUUCUGUGGAAGGGACCUGAGAUGUUAUAGGAUGCGAGGGUUUUGCAGGGAUGGGAGGUUUGGAUGAACCUAAAGACAAGGAGUGAAAGUUACUUGAGAGACUAGUGGGAGCCGUCGUUGGCGUUUUUGGUUUUGGUUUUGGAGGAGCUAUCGGUAUUUCUUGUUGAUCUUUCUUAAGGAACGGUUGAUUUGUGAGAAUGUGAAUAAGACGGGUCAAGUUAAAAACGGAAAGCUCGUUUUUCCAGAGAUCUAACAAUAGAUUCUUGUAUGAAUGAAAAUUUCCAUUUCUGUCCUCAAGAAAUACAGUAGGAGGUACUGUUGGAUAAGAAAUAGGUACUACAAGGCGGAUCAAACGAUAAUCACUGUUGUUAAAGUUUGGCAGUGUGAAUUCAAACAGAACAUUCGGCGGUGGAAUAGUAUGUGAAAUGGAAUCAUUUUCAAAUUUAAUAGAAUGAAUAAUGAAUGUAGUAUCGCUUUGUCGAUUUGCAAGUUGCGCAAAUUCAUCAGCUAACGU